UGCAUCUAGCUGUCAGUGUGAGACAGCGGCAGUACAGUCUGUCUGGUGGUUUAGAUUCCUCAUCUCUCUCGUCUCUUCAGGAUGCCACUAUAAUAGAGAGGAGAUAUCACCAUCUGCAUAUAUGGAAUCUUGCUAGUACACCGAAGUUUGGUUUGCAAUAGAGUUUUCAACACUCUUGACACCCACUUGUAAUCGAACACUUUGGAGCAUGAUGGGAGCACGAUCGGGACUCUGGAGAGCCGGUGUCCUGCUGCUUCUCAGCGGCUGCGUGUGCGGAACUAUGCCGGAGGAACCCGCGGACAGACCGGGUUCGUCAGACGGCUACUGCAGCUGGAUAACGCGAGCUCAGCCGCACGGAGUCGGGGGCAGGAGGGAGAGCUUCAGCGAUUUCAGACUGCGGGUGGAGGGAGAUCCGGAGUACUAUCAACCCGCCAGCACUUACCGAGUAACCCUGUAUACUACCAACCCUGCAUACUUUAGAGGCUUUACUCUCAUUGCUUUGAAGGAGGGACAGAACGGUGACCACGAGGAGGAUUAUGCUGGAAAUUUCAAGAUCAUUGAUGAAGAGGACACACAGUUUAUGACAAACUGCCCCCCAGCAGUCACAGAAAGCACUCCACGCAGGAGGACCAGAAUACAGGUGUUCUGGACAGCGCCCCCCUCAGGCAGUGGCUGUGUACUACUGAAGGCUAGCAUUGUUCAGAGAAAGAUCAUCUCAUUUCAGGAUGAAGGUUUCCUCACAAAGCGGAUGUGUGAGAAAGAGACACUGUAUGGAGAAUCUACAGACAAGCCUCUGCUGGACUGCUGUGCCUGUGGAACUGCCAAAUACAGAGUAACUUUCUACGGGAACUGGUCAGAGAAGUUGCACCCAAAAGACUACCCAAGGAGAGCUAACCACUGGUCAGCCCUUAUUGGAGCAUCUCAUUCGAAGAGCUAUGUACUGUGGGAGUAUGGUGGUUAUGCUAGUGACGGGGUUAAACAAGUUGCUGAACUGGGAUCACCGGUCAAGAUGGAGGAGGAGAUCCGUCAGAAGGGUGAUGAGGUGUUGACCGUGUUAAAAUUGAAAGCCCAGUGGCCGGCCUGGCAACCUCUCAAUGUAAGAGCGGCUCCCUCGGCUGAGUUCUCAGUGGACCGCACACGUCACCUGAUGUCUUUUCUGACCAUGCUGGGUCCAAGUCCUGACUGGAAUGUAGGUCUGUCCUCAGAGGAUCUCUGCACCAGAGAAUGUGGUUGGGUACAGAAGGUGAUCCAGGACCUCAUCCCCUGGGACGCGGGGACAGACAGUGGGGUCACUUACGAGUCCCCCAACAAGCCUGCAGAUCCCCAGGAAAAGAUUCGGCCCCUAACAAGUUUAGACAACCCUCAGAGCCCUUUCUACGACCCAGAGGGUGGUGCUAUUACUCCCGUGGCAAGGAUUGUCUUGGAAAGAAUUGCUCGCAAGGGUGAGCAGUGCAACAUUGUGCCAGAUAAUGUGGAUGACAUUGUGGCUGACAUUGCCCAGGAGGAGAAAGAAGAAGAUGAUACUCCAGAGACUUGUAUCUACUCAAACUGGUCUCCGUGGUCGGCAUGCAGCUCCUCAACAUGUGAGAAGGGAAAGAGGAUGAGGCAGAGGAUGCUGAAGGCCCAGCUGGAUCUCAGCGUACCGUGUCCACACACACAGGACUUUGAGCCCUGCAUGGGGCCCGGCUGUAGUGAUGAAGAUGCGUCCACAUGCAUGAUGUCUGAAUGGAUAACGUGGUCAACAUGCAGCGUGUCGUGUGGCGCCGGGGUGCGAUCUAGGGAGCGCUAUGUCAAACAGUUUCCUGAUGACGGCUUUGCUUGUACACAUUCGACUGAGGAGUCGGAGCCCUGCACUGUCAAUGACGACUGCUCUCCAAGCAGUUGCUUGGUUACUGAAUGGGGCGAAUGGGAUGCCUGCAGUGCCACCUGUGGGCUCGGCAUGAAACGAAGGGAGCGCAUGGUAAAAAUGCCCCCAUCUGACGGCUCCAUCUGUGGGGCUGAAGUGGUGGAGAUUGGCAAGUGUAUGAUGCCAGAAUGCCAUACAAUCCCAUGUUUACUCUCACCGUGGUCGGACUGGAGCGACUGCAGUGUGACAUGUGGUAAAGGCACACGGGAACGUCAGCGCAUUCUAAAAUCACCUGCGGAGCUAGGGGAAUGCAACGAGGAGCUGGAACAGAUGGAAAAAUGCAUGCUGCCAGAGUGCCCAAUGGAGUGUGUGAUGUCAGAGUGGACGGUGUGGUCGGAGUGUAAUAAGGCCUGUGGAAAGGGUCACAUGAUUCGCAGUCGUCAGAUCUUGCUGGAGCCUCAGUUUGGAGGCGAGUCAUGCCCCGAGACUGUACAGAGAAAGAGGUGCAAGAUCAAGAAAUGUAGCCAAGGUGGAGCCAACAGCGAAGAGAGAAGGAGACGCAAAGAAGAGCGCAAGAAGAAGAGGAACAAACAGGGGAGGGAGGAGAGCACGGAUGAGCUUGCAGGAUGUAAAAUGAAGUCAUGGUCUAGCUGGACUGACUGCACCAAGCUGUGUGGUGGAGGGAUCCAGGAGCGUCUGAUGACAGCCAAGAAGAGAUUCAAGAAUGUACAACUAAUCAGCUGCAAGGACCGAAAAGAGAUUCGGGCCUGCAAUGUUCAUCCCUGCUAGGGCUGUGCUGCACAGCCGUAUGGGACGGGACGCCAUCCAGAUUGUGGACAGACUGUGGCACACUCUCUGUGCUGUUGUCCAGCUGCAGAAGCUACUCUGUUCGUUUUUAUUUUCUAGCAUUUAUAGUGACCCAGGCCCUGCCUCGCCUGAAACAAAAUGAGAAACCCAGAAGGGUACUGAGAGCCACGCACUGUAAAAAAAUUCAGAUUAAUAUGCAUUACUACUUGAGAUUAACAGCCCUUUGAGGAGCUUUAAAGAGAGAAGUUAUUUUGAAGAUGGAUUUUUCACGAGAACGACCAUGGCGUAUUAAAGAUUAAAUUGUUCUCACAUGAAAAGCAAAACAAAUUUCUCAUUUUAUACUCCAAACACCACCUUCAUUCACACUCAUAUGCACAGUAAUAUACGCACGACAUCCCACACAGUAAUGACUUUUGAAGUCAAAUUGUCACGUCAAGUCACUCGUCAAUAAAUGUCAGCGCUCAGAAAGAUUAUUACAUACACAGUCUAUAGUCUCUACUCAACAUACACCUCUGACAAGUUCCCAACGAUUAGCACCAUUAUGAUCUGGAAUCAAAAUGAUCAGAAGAGCUGCUUUACAUGCAUGCAAAUCAUUUAUUCAAGUGCAUUAUAAUGUUACAAUUACCAAAAAUGGGGUAUUUUCAGUAGAAUAUAUUACACAAUUGCUUACAAAAUUACGUCUAAACUUUGCUCUUCUGUUCAUUUUGGUAUCUCCUGACAUUUGAAUAAGGAACAUUCAUUUUUUAUUCUUAGUGUCACUCAGUUCCUCUACUAUACCAGACAUUUGGACACUCCAAUGAAAAAGUUGUGUUGGGGUUGAGGCUAAACUUUGCAGGUCAGUGGCCCUCCGGGAGCAGGAUUGGACACCUCUGCAAUAAAUGAUCAAUUAUCAAAGCAAGUGGCAUUAGUAAGCAAAUAAUAAGCCCACAAUAUAUCAUUUUCAGCUGUUUUUGUAACGUGAUCAUUUGCAGUUUGCAAUGGCUGUCACACCAUAUCUGAUUUUUACUAUACAUUAUGAUAAUCGUAGACUAAAUAAUUCACAUCAAUCUUAUCACAGAUCACAUUUACAUAUGAUAUACUUUAUAUGAGUGCAUACGAAAUAGCCACCUCAUAGUUACACGUUAACCGUGUGGUCAAUAUCGGGUGUCAUACAGAUACUGGGGCUGAAAAAUGUACGAUAUCAUUAAUAUCACAUACGUACUUUGUGUGUAAUAAUCUCCAUGAAAUCCAUGCUCAUUGUCAAUCCCCUUAUAUUGUGACACCCCUGCUAUAGACAUUUUCAACUAACCCUAACCAAAUAAUGUUGGAAUACUUUUGUAUUUAGUAUGCGCAUUGUUUUAUCAACUUCAUCAGUGCCACUGUGUUUGAUAUUUGGUUAUGCAAUAUAUUGACAUUCAUUCAAUUUUAAGUGCCAAGAAACUGAUUAGGGGGCAACUGUAGCAUUAACUAUUUUCAGUUUUUUUUUAAAGAAGAAACAAACAAAUAAAUACAUUUAAGGGAUUUUGCCUGUACCAUACCGUUUACUGCUUUUGUAAAUCAAGCCUCAAAAGCAGGUCAUUGGUUCGAUUAAAACAUGUUAUUUGCCCAGUAGUAUUGUCAUGUAUUCAGACCAAAUGUACUCAUUUUGCAAGAUUUCUGUUAACUUGUUGUGGGAAAAUGUAUUCUUGAGUAAUGAAAAUGCUUUAAGCCAGUUCACAUCAUUAAUGAAAUGUUUCUAUCGUCUGCUGUGAUGAUUUCUUUCAUGUGUAAUAUUCAUAAGACUAAAAGCACAUACAACCAGCCAUUCCAGAGUUUUAUAUGUCUCAUGUAUGAAAUCAUGUCUAGGACUCACGGAUCUGUAAUGACUUUAUACCCUAGUGUAAGACAUUUAAAUGGGAAUAUGUUUAGUUUGAUGGAUUUUCUUUUUCAAUGUAGGAGGCUUUCCUAAGUUUUUCCUAAGAUUUUUUUAUUCUUCUUGCCAAAGCCUUGCGUAGAUGUUUUGUAGUGAUCUCUCUUCCCUGUUCAACUGACAUGAUUCAUAUUUUUUGAAUAUUUCACCUUUACAAUAAAAGGAAAUGUGACAAAGUGCCUAA